AUGCAUGUAUAUACGCUAAUGCCCGUUCAGAAGUUCAAUGCUCUAAACACCCUUCCUCGUUCUCGGGUGGUACGACGUGACCAAGCCUUCAAUUAUGUCUUCUCAGUUGCCAACGGGUGCACACACGGCCCCAGCCCCCAAAUGCCUGGAUAUCCCGUAGAAUGCGGUCAGGAGACAUUUUCAUCUGCUAAGACUCUGCUAACUCAAUCCACUGACUCAAAUGUUGCCAUCACUGUUACCAACAGUGUGGAGACCUCAGUAACCGCAAGCAAACCAUUCGGUGAACUUUCUCAUCCUAGUUCACUCCAACUCAUCAAAACAACCAGUCUAGCUGCUACAUCGCAGACUCCACCCGCCCAAGCAACUCUAAUUCAUUCCAUUCCUGUUUCUUCCUCUUUCACUGUGAAUAAGCGGAAGCACCAUUAUAGCCACAAAUGCAACCCUAUAAAUCAACUUACUCGGCUCAGGGCUCUUCACAGCCCACCCAUUUAUCCACAUCCUUGCAUUUCAUCUACCCCUUCAUCGUCUAUAACCAUCACUUCUCUUUACCCAUCCCCUCAUCCUACUGAACCCUUACCUUCUUCUCUUCCAUCAUCACCUCCCUCUAUUCUACCAAUCUCCCCUCCUCACUCCCAUACUCAUUCUCCUUCCUCUUCACCUCCUCCCCCUGCUUUCCAAAGCUGCUUGUCUCUUGCCUAA